AGCCCCCUCUAGUUUUGACUUAAGUUUUAACCCCAAUGGAUCCGAGGACCAUUGUCACGGUGGAGCCGGUGAUCUUUCUGUACUUGGCUUCGACUUUUUUAAAUACAUUCGCUUUACAGCGGCUUGUAUUGGUGAAGGUUUGUGAAGACCAAUAUAAUGAAGAUAUAUGCAACAAUCUCUUACUUCAACCUGAAGAGUCUCUAGUCAUCCAGACCAAAGCCUCCUAUGUCCUACUCCUCUACACUGCUGUGCUGACCAUUUUGUCCAUACCUCCAUCAGUUUUGCUUGGUGCCUGGUCCGAUCAAGCAGGUCGCAAGCUUGGCAUGAUAUUGCCCAGUAUCGGUGCAUCAAUUGGUGGGGCUAUAUUCAUAGUGAUGGUGCAGGUGAAAGGCAUGUCUGUCUACUGGUGCAUUUUUGCCUCUGCAUUAAUAGGGAUCUUUGGAAAUUAUGUUGCUGUUUUCCUCAGUGUCUCCAGUUAUAUGGCUGACAUCACGCAUGAUGGGAACCGUACCAAGCGUAUUGGCAUUGUGCAGUCAAUGAUCUAUAUUGGGGGAACCGUUGGGUAUCUAUUGAGUGGAUGGCUACUUCAGAAUUAUACCUUUACACAUGUUUUUGGUGUGUAUUGUGGCUGCCAAGUGGUAUCUAUUUUCUAUGUUGUGCUAUGGUUACAGGAGUCAAAACGUGGCACUGAAAGGAUGCAUAUAACUGAUGAAAUAGCUCCUGCAGCUUGUGAUAGGAUCUUGAAAAAAAACAUAUUUUUGUACGCCUCAAGAACAUGGGAAACCCUUUCAAAGGUACGAGGAGGACAAGACCAGUUGAAGCUCUACCUGAUUUUCCUCUGCGUUGUCUUGAUAUAUAUUUGUGCUGCAGGUGAACAGUCUAUUCUGAUUUUAUUUCUGACGUAUCCACCGCAAAGCUUCUCAGUUGAGCUUUUUGGAAUAUACAACGCAAUUAAGAUGUUUCUGGGAGGAGCUACCUUGAUUGGUGUUUUUCCAUUUAUGCUGUGCUACGUCAAAGAAAUGACAUUAGCCAAAGUGGGUGUAUUGAUGAGGCUGAUGUCUCUUCUCCUGCUGGCCUUCUCCACACAUACCUGGAUGGUGUUUCUAAGUGCUGUAGUGAAUAGUCUUUCUGGAUUCACUGGAGCUGUGCUUCAAUCUGUGGCAUCCAGAAUUGUGGAACGAAAUGAACAAGGUGCAAUGUUUUCCUGCAUGGCUUCUACAGAAACAAUCUGUGUUAUAAUUGGGACAACUAUAUUUGGUGCACUCUAUCCUCAAACACUCACAUCGUUGCCUGGAUUUAGCUUCAUUGUGAUGGCAAGCUUCCAAGUGAUUCUAUUGAUCCUUAUACAGUAA